AUGCCUCGUGUAUAUUACGAUUAUUAUCGCAAAAGGUCUAACUCUAUAGACUCUGAUUCUAGCUGUUCCUGUGGGGAAUGCGCUUGUGAUUCCUCGUAUAGCAGCUCCUGCUGUUCAAGCGAUUGUGACAGUACCUCUUCUUUUGAAGAUACACCUAGGUUUGAGGUAUCUGGGAGAAGAUAUGGCUCCACUCCCAGGUCUCCAGAUGUGAGGUCAGCCCCGGAGCAUCCUAGACAGGGAGUAUCUGUACCAGACACACUCGUUGCAAAUGGAGAACCUAUCGCUAAUACGAUAGAACUGACUACAAAUACGCAAACAAAUAAAAGUUUGGGGGAAACGUCUGUUACAAGUUCUACUGAAAGGCCUUGCACACCAACGAGAGAUCAAAACCGCCAAAGAGUUGAUUUUACUAUAAACGAAGUACACUCUGGUGAUAUGCAAAAGGAGAUUGAUGAAAUUGAAAUGUUACUUAAUGACAGUUAUAUCCAAGAUUUCGACACCGAUGAGCACCUUGGUAAGGUUACAAAUGCCAAUUCACACACCACUAGUCUCUCAAAUUAUACAGAUACCUCAUACUAUGGUAGUGGCUAUUCAACAGAUGAUCCAGAGGGCAAUACCCCCAACUCUCAGGAAGAGUCAACCACUUCUGAUCCAUACGGAAGGGUAAUAUUUUCAGCAGAUUGCGCUUGGCCGAGUGGCUUUAACAAUAUACAAUGGAACAUAGAGAACAAUAGGGAGUAUGAUAUCUCCGAAUUAUAUGCGAUGCUAGUUUCACUUGAUCUCCCAACGUACAUGUAUAUUAUGGAGAACGUACUGGACGAAUGUGUAAGAAGAGAAAUUGAAGGGUGCAAUUAG